GUCAAAAUCCCCCCACCAAUCACUUGUAUCAACCCCUUUACCAUAAACGAAGACCAGACAACAGUUACAGAGAAGACAUGGCUGAAAGGGGCUACAGUUUCUCCCUUACCACAUUCAGCCCUUCGGGCAAGCUGGUGCAGAUUGAGUAUGCUCUUGCUGCCGUUGCUGCAGGUGCUCCCUCAGUUGGAAUUAAAGCUGCAAACGGGGUUGUCCUAGCAACAGAAAAGAAACAGAAGUCCAUACUUUAUGAUGAGCAGAGUGUCCAUAAAGUGGAGCCCAUAACUAAACACAUCGGCAUGGUGUACAGCGGAAUGGGUCCAGACUACAGGGUUCUCGUGAGAAGAGCACGGAAACUGGCCCAGCAGUACUUCCUGGUGUACCAGGAGCCCAUUCCCACAGGACAGCUCGUACAGAGGGUGGCUUCAGUGAUGCAGGAGUACACACAGUCAGGGGGCGUUCGUCCCUUCGGUGUGUCACUCCUGAUUGCUGGAUGGGACGAAGACCGUCCCUACCUUUUCCAGUCUGACCCUUCCGGUGCUUAUUUUGCCUGGAAAGCCACAGCUAUGGGGAAGAAUUAUGUGAAUGGGAAGACAUUCCUUGAGAAAAGGUACAACGAGGACCUAGAGUUAGAGGAUGCCAUCCACACAGCCAUUUUGACUCUGAAAGAAAGUUUUGAGGGUCAGAUGACAGAAGACAACAUUGAAGUCGGCAUCUGCAAUGAGAACGGAUUCAGACGGCUAUCCCCUGCUGAGGUCAAGGACUAUCUGGCUGCUAUUGCUUAACUACGUGUUUGCUACGUGUGUAAUAUUUCAUGUAAUGAAACGUUUAAGAUACUGUAUUAGCAGUUUCACAACAUUUUUAUAACUUGCGUUUUUUUGUUGACAAAAAAAAAAUAAAGUCCAGGUGGUAAAUGA